AUGGCAGAGCGCGGCUGCUCGUCUGUGUCUGUGGUGGACACCCAUAGGACACGGCCUCCAUUGCCGCCUCGGCUGAGCAAAGGGGGGCAACGUACAAGCGCUGUGCAGACCCUCUUGUUCCUGCUGGUGGCCCUGGCGCUGUGUGGCAUGAUGAUUGAAGCCUGCUUCAUCUAUCGACUCUACCAAACUGAACAAGUCUCCUCAGCAACAAUCUCAAAGCUCAUUGGAGGUGAUGAAGCCUCUGCCACUAAACCUCCAGGCGAGGAUGUUCUUCCAUCCAAACCAGUCGCGCAUUUAACAGAUGGCCCAGAUGUGGUUCAUGACGAACAUGUCAUGGCGUGGAGCAUGGUCGCAGGACCAAACCUCUACGAGAUAAAGUAUGAAAACAAGGAACUCAUCAUCCAGAAAGAGGCCUACUACUAUGUCUACUCCAAGGUUUUCUAUUUCUUAGACAGUAGCAGCUUUACCCAUGAAAUAAACGUGAAAACUGAAAGGUAUGCAGGAGGAUACAUUACUCUCCUGCAAUCCAGGAACAACUCACCAACGCCGGGUAAAAUCCAAUCCAACAGUUAUCUGGGAGGAGUGUUUCACUUGUACAAGAAUGAUGCAAUUUAUGUAAACGUGAGUAACACAAGAAGAAUUGCACGGCACAAAUCUUUUGAGAACGUCUUUGGUGCAUAUAUGAUAUAA